AUGGCGAGGAAUUUGUCAGUGAUCUUGAUCCUGACCUUCGUUCUGUCAGUCACACAUCCCCUUCAUGAAGUAGGACCAGCCACUGCUUUCCCUCAGACCACUGAGAAAAUUAUUCCGAAUUGGGAAUCUGGCAUUAAUGUUGACUUGGCAGUUACCACACGACAGCAUCAUCUGCAGCAGCUUUUCCAUCGCUAUGGAGAAAAUAAUUCCUUGUCAAUUGAAGGAUUCAGAAAAUUGCUUCAGAAUAUAGGCAUAGAUAAGAUUAAGAGAAUCCAUAUACACCAUGACCAUGAGCAUCACUCUGACCAUGAGCAUCACUCUCACCAUAAUCAUGCCGCUUCCAGUAAAAAUCGAAAAGCUCUUUGCCCAGACCAUGACUUUGAUAGUUCAAGUAAAGAGCCUAGAAACAGCCAGGGGAAAGGACCUCAUCGAUCAGAACAUGCCAGUGGUAGAAGGAAUGUUUUAAUCAAGGAUGGCGCUGGUGCUAGUGAAGUGACCUCAACUGUGUAUAAUGCUGUCUCUGAAGGAACUCACUUUCUAGAGACCAUAGAAACUCCAAAACAUGGAAAACUUCUCCCCAAAGGUGUGAGCAGUUCCACUGUACCCAGUGUCACAGAAAAGAGCUGGGCGACCUGGCUGGCUAGUAGGAAAACAAAUGAAUCUGUGAGUGAGCCCAGAAAUGGCUUUAUGUAUUCCAGAAGCACAAAUGAAAAUACUCAGGAGUGUUUCAAUGCAUCAAAGCUGCUUACAUCUCAUGGCAUGGGCAUCCAGGUUCCACUGAAUGCCACCGAGUUCAACUAUCUCUGCCCAGCCAUCAUCAAUCAGAUUGAUACUAGAUCAUGUCUGAAUCAUACAACGAGUGAAAAGAAAGCUGAAAUCCCUCCAAAGACAUAUUCUUUACAAAUAGCCUGGGUUGGUGGCUUUAUAGCCAUUUCUGUCAUCAGUUUCCUGUCUUUGCUGGGUGUUAUCUUAGUGCCUCUCAUGAAUCGGGUGUUUUUCAAGUUUCUUCUGAGUUUCCUCGUGGCAUUGGCUGUUGGGACAUUGAGUGGUGAUGCUUUUUUACACCUUCUUCCACAUUCUCAUGCAAGUCAUCACCAUAGUCACAGCCAUGAAGAACCAGCAAUGGAAAUGAAGAGAGGACCACUUUUCAGCCAUCUCUCUUCUCAAAACAUAGAAGAAAGUACCUAUUUUGAUUCCACGUGGAAAGGUCUGACAGCUCUGGGAGGCUUAUAUUUCAUGUUUCUUGUUGAACAUGUCCUCACAUUGAUCAAGCAAUUUAAAGAUAAGAAGAAAAAGAAUCAGAAAAAACCUGAAAAUGAUGAUGAUGUGGAGAUUAAGAAGCAGUUGUCCCAGUAUGAAUCUCAACUGUCAACAAAUGAGGAGAAAGUAGACACAGAUGAUCGACCUGAAGGCUAUUUGCGAGCUGACUCACAAGAGCCCUCCCACUUUGAUUCUCAGCAGCCAGCAAUCUUGGAAGAAGAGGAGGUCAUGAUAGCUCAUGCUCAUCCACAGGAAGUUUACAAUGAAUACGUACCCAGAGGGUGCAAGAAUAAGUGCCAUUCGCAUUUCCAUGAUACACUUGGCCAGUCAGAUGAUCUUGUUCACCACCAUCAUGACUACCAUCAUAUUCUCCAUCACCACCACCACCAAAACCACCACCCACACAGUCACAGUCAGCGCUACUCUCGGGAGGAGCUGAAGGAUGCCGGCAUUGCCACACUGGCAUGGAUGGUGAUCAUGGGGGACGGCCUGCACAAUUUCAGCGAUGGCCUAGCAAUUGGUGCUGCUUUUACUGAAGGUUUAUCGAGUGGUUUAAGUACUUCUGUUGCUGUGUUUUGUCAUGAGUUGCCUCAUGAAUUAGGUGACUUUGCUGUUUUACUAAAGGCUGGCAUGACUGUUAAGCAGGCUGUUCUUUAUAAUGCUCUGUCAGCCAUGCUGGCAUAUCUUGGAAUGGCAACAGGAAUUUUCAUUGGUCAUUAUGCUGAAAAUGUUUCUAUGUGGAUAUUUGCACUUACUGCGGGCUUGUUCAUGUAUGUUGCUCUGGUUGAUAUGGUACCUGAGAUGCUGCACAAUGAUGCUAGUGACCAUGGAUGUAGCCGCUGGGGAUACUUCUUUUUACAGAAUGCUGGGAUACUUUUGGGAUUUGGAAUUAUGUUGCUUAUUUCCAUAUUUGAACAUAAAAUUGUGUUUCGUAUAAAUUUCUAAUUAGGGUAUAAUUGCUAGAGUAGCUUAAAGCUAUAGUUUGCUGUCUAUAGUUUGAGUAGGUCAUAGGCAGAUGAGUUAGUAUGCUGUGAUAUGUAGCAUUUACGGUUAGUGGAUUUUGUGAUUUUUGUAUUGAAUAUUGCCAUUUGUUAUGCUUAUAAGGUCAGUUAUGGUGGUAACAUAAAGGUACUUUUAAUAUUUAAGUUAUUCUAUUUGGGGAAUGUAAGCUAUAUGUGCAAUUUACCAAUAUUACCGGUUUAUGGUAUAAACAAGAGAUUUGGCAUGACAUGUUCUGUAUAUUUCAGGAAAAAAAUGUCUUUAAUGCUUUUUCUAGAACUAAUUUAAUAUAGUAAUUCCCAUGCUGGAUUUUAGGCCUCUGAAGAACUGCUGGUGUUUAGGAGUAAGAAUACACAUGAAGCCUAAGAUACCAAUAAAGCUUAAACUGAAUUUAAGCUAAGAAAUAAGGGAAAAAAGAAAAG